UGUCUGCGAGGAGGCGGCGAGGGUAACCGUCGCCGCGAGGGGGGGCUCCUCUCUGCGAGCACGCCGGAGGCAGCGACGGCGGCAAGCGACGGGGGCUGUUGCAGGCGGCUGGCUUUUUUUUCUAGCGUGCGCGCGUGUGCGUGCGUGCGUGGUGUGGGGCUGCCGGUCGCCGAGAAACGACGAGGACCAAGACGAGUGCACGAGGAGACGCUGCGAGGAAGAAAGGUGUCCGACAAUACUGCGCGCUGCCCAACAUAAUGAGAGAUGAGCGUCAAUUUUAUGGACGGUCUUCUGGGGAGUAGCGUCGCCAAGCCGCCGGACGCCGCGACAGUGGCCGCGACGGUCGCUUCCGCCGUGACGGCCGCCCCGGUGCCGUUCCGUCCGUACCAGACGACGACUGUGACGCGCGCCUCCUCGGACAUGUACCCGUUCGUGCACGCGGCAGCGCCGCCGGCGACGUCGACGGCGUCGCCGCUGGGCUACUUCACGUCCGUGGAUCUGGCCAAGUCCGACGCGAUGGCAGCGGCGGCGGCGGGAUACGCGGCCGCGGCUCUGGGGCUGGGGCCGCACGCCGCCGCAGCGGCGGCCGCCAGCGGAGCGGCGACGUCGCCGGCCGCGACGGCGUCGUUGAUGGCCUCCCAACAGUUCCUGGCCGCGGCCGAGCUCGCCUACCCGCUGCCCCGGCUCGGCAUGAUGAGGCCGGAGGACGCCCUGAACGACGUGCCCCGCUACCCGUGGAUGGCGCUUGCAGGUUCUGCGUUCCGUGCUGCCGCUCACAAGCUCCAUCAUCGGGUCGAGGAGUAUCCGCACUCGUUCCACCUGUUUUCAGGUCCCAACGGUUGUCCGAGGCGGCGCGGCAGGCAGACGUACACGCGCUACCAGACGCUGGAACUCGAGAAGGAGUUCCACUUCAACCACUACCUGACGCGGCGGCGGCGCAUCGAGAUCGCGCACGCCCUGUGCCUCACCGAGCGCCAGAUCAAGAUCUGGUUCCAGAAUCGGCGCAUGAAGCUCAAGAAGGAGCUGCGCGCCGUCAAGGAGAUCAACGAGCAGGCGCGCCUGGAGGCCAAGCACUCCGGCAGGCCGCCUUCCAGCGGCGCGGACGCGGGGACCGCGUUGCAGCAGUCUUCGUCCUCUUCGUCUUCCUCCGCGACUUCGGCGCGCGCCGGCGGAGCCGGGAGGUCCACCUCGGAGGUCGCGCCGGGGGUCGAACCCGCCGACAGCGACGACAGCGAGGACAAGGACGACGUCAUCCUGAACCCCGACGAGCCUUACGACGACGACAACGACCUCGAGGCGCCCGAGGCGCGAGCGACGCCGCAGCGGCCGGUGCCGCUCGCGCUGGGCGUCGUCGAUGUCAAGGGAGCGUCCUCGGCGUGCGGAGCGCUCCCUCGCGCGUGACGUUGUCUCUGCACGAACACCUCCCGCGCUUCUGCGACCAAACCCUACGCGAGAUCGUGCGUCUUGGAGUGCCGGCUAGCCAGCCUCGUAUACGUGGACCUGCGAAAGUGUGCGUGAAUAUUUUGCUGACUUGCGUGGGUUUCUUCGCCUUCGAGUCAAGUACCUUCGUAUUUUGUUUUUUUUUGUAGUAAAAAAAAAAAAGGAAAGUUUCAUUCUGGACAAAGAAAGGUCGCGAAGUCCGUCCAGUGAUCACCUCAUUCGUACACCAUCGUCAGAUCUCCCUUCCCCUCAUGUAGAGCUCGGGAUAAUGAGUCCUGAGGUGCCUUUGCCUUUUUCUGUAGUAGUGAGGCUAUUUAAGAUGUUGUAGCGUGUGACUGCGACGUGUGUGCGAAAGCCUUCUGAGGCGUGCACGGCGGGUCAGCGUGCUUUCUGCGGGACCCAUCGUGACCCCCUUGCAGUACAACUUAUAAUCAAAAAGAAAAGGAUAGCAUUGUAAAGCUAUAACUCUCGUUGUUUUUCUGCGUUUGUUUUCUAGCCAAUCAUUCGUGCAAUCUAUUCUUGUUGAAGACUUUGCCCGCCUCCUCAUUUCGUUAUUCCGUUUUUUUUUCCCCUUUUAUUCUGUCUCCUACGGCUGAGUGCUCCAAGCAUUCAAGGAGCAGUGUUCACGGCAUCACCAAAGUGGCGCAAUGUAUAAUCAUUUGCUUUCACAUAGUGUCGUGUGUUUCCGUGUCAUGCGUAGAGAGCAUACCCACAGAAAUCGCUUGUGCAUUGCUGGAUUUGAGAGAGCCAACAGAUAGAGAAAACAGGAACAUUUGCAACGGGCAUUUAUUUUCAUAAGCUUCUCUCACAUUUUAUUGAAAUGCUGAAACUGAUUAUGUAGUUCAGUCGUGUUGAUUUUACGCAGUAGAAUGGCAGAUAGAUUUAUUUUAAAAAAGUUGUCAGCUAUUUAGAAUGUGUAUUCGCUAUACCUUGCAGCCUCUUCGGCACAUAUACGUAUCCUACUGAAAAAAAAAGCGACUGCUGUGAAUGUCCGCGGUGCAAAUGUAUACGUAGAGUGCGUACUUCCGCUGAAUCCCAUAUGUCGUUCGUUUUGUGUUUUUGUUGUUCGUUCGUUGCCUUCUGAUUAGCUGAAAUAAUCAAAGCCCACGUGGAGUCCAGUCGGUUUCAACAAGCUGAAAGAAAACCGUUGCGUUCGUCUGCAGUUCACCGAAAUUUACGUCGGUACCUCAGUGGGCCGAAUGCUGUUGCGCUGGCGCUUCUCAACUUGACACUUGAUAAUGCCGCCACAGAAAUGUAUAAAAUCUCGCAUCGUGACACUACACCAGGCUUAUUUUUUUCUUGUAAUAACAUCUUCUAAUCACUUAUCUGUCUUCACACGAGCGUACGUGCGCGAGAACAAAGUCAUCCUCGUCAAUGUGUGUUUGGUUAAAACACUCGCUCUCGUUACCUUCGGCGAAUGAGCUCGGGAUAAAUCGCACAAGACCGCUUCUUCCGUUAUGCUUCUAGCGCUGUACAGCAUAAGUGUAGCGUAAAGCCACGCGAACUUGCAGUAGAAAAGACGGUUCACUGACAUUCGACCUCUUCGGUAUCGUUACACUGGUAUACCAUGUACCGCAAACGUGUCGCAGUGCCUCAAACGACGCAACGCUUCAGGCCGUAUCAUAGCCUCGCGCGGCAUCCGAUUUCUUAUCUCCGCCUGCGAACCAUUUUCUACGCAUGCGCUGCGCCUCGGAGUCGGCGAGGUUGUACAGAAUGUAUACGUUUUCGGGAGGCGAAGAAGGUGCUUUUAAGUACCGCGCGACCAGCGCGCGAGUCGAACAGUCAGAGGCGCCUCGGCGAGGCUCGUUAGGCUAUUCAAAUGAGCCCACCCUAGUGCCACUUCCGGCUAAAUGCAUCUCCUCACACGGCGCACAAAGCCGCAGCAGCAGCGCCGCGCCGGGAGGCCCGCGCGCCGGCCGAUAAGCGUGCCACUGAGCAGGGGCCGCACGUAGGCCCUGCUCUCAGUCGCCGGGCCGCCGACGAGCAAACAGCACGGGGUCAUUGGGAUCGCGGGCACGCUUGGAUGCGCGGAAGGCGCAUUACCAUAACUGCGCCCUGUUCAUCCGCCGCCGCUGCUCUCUCCUCGGUUUUCCGCUGCCCUCUUAUUACGGUUAUCGCCAGCCAAACAUAGCGAGAAUGCCCAAACAGAAGCAGCAGCGGCACUGCAGCACUGCCGGGAACGUGUAGUGGAGCAAAAGUACGCACGCGUAUAUGCGCGCCCUCUAACUGCGAGAGUGCGAGAUAGGUCGCCUGAUUCGCGUAAAUGAGGCGUCCGUCCGUCCGUCCGCGUGUGUGCUUCGCUUGUCAAGCCCUUUCAUUCUUUCGCUGUCGCGGCGCGAGCAACGGGCGGCGUCUAAACGCGCCAGAAACAAAACAAAACAGAAGAAAAAGAAAAAAAAAGAAAGACCGCGCACGCCAGCGCGAAGGUUGAAAAAUCCGUCGUCCACCUCGCGUCCUCCCACAUAGACACUGCUGUUGAGCCGUGCCGAGAACGAGCAGAGCGCGCAACGGGCUAUAGCAGAGCGAUAAAGGCUUCGGAGCGCAGCGGCGCACCACACGCACACUCAAAAAAAAAAAAAGGAAGAAGAAGAAGAAGAAAGGAAAUUGUGCAUCUCUGGCUGUUGGGUUCCCCUUUGGCGCACGGGCAUAUAGGAGCGCAGUCAGGAAAGCAGUCCGUCAUAACAAACGCGCUUCUCGGUGCGAUGCGGUCCUUUGUGGAGCGCGACGUGCGGAUGCGUCUCGUUCGGGCGCCGCCGCCGCCGCUGGCACCGCGGCUACACGGCGGCUGCCCGCCUUCGAGCGCCCUGAAUAACGGCUCCGACGGCGCCACCGAGUCUGGGUCCCGCUGGUGCCGCCAGCGCUCGGUCCGCUGCCCGCGUCUCGGCGGCAGCAGAAGAAACAGAGCUGGCUUGCAAAUCGGUCGACCCUGGGUUUUGGGUCCUGUAAACAAAUCGCCUCCCGCAACGACGCCAGUGGGCGUUCUAGAUGGGCAAUCGCAUAGGUGCCGGAGAUAGCGGUAGGGAGGAGGGGGGGGGGGGGGAGGUGAGCUCUGUCUUCCGCCUGCUGCUCCCUUCACGCGGACACAAAGGCAGAGACUGUGCUCCUUUUCCUAUAUAGACGCGCCGUCGGUUUGUGACACGGGCGGUGGAUGCUCUGCUGCGCAGAAGGGAGAACCAGAAGGAAGCCUUGUGACACGCGCUUAUACCAGAGACGACUCAACCUUCGAACGCCAUUCAACCUGUACUCGUGCCAGGCGAGUUUGUGUCGCCUGUCGAAUCGUAGCGACGCGAGCGUGCCACUGUCUUUCGAUCCGCUUCGCGAGCGUGCGCAGCCGAACCUAAACCAUAAUCGGACUCUGCAAUUUUCGGUAUAGUUGCAACUGCUAAAACGAACGGUGUAAAAGUAGGCGCGUUUGAUUAGUUAUUCUACUCCUUUACAAAGGGCCUGUCACUCAACAUCGACCGGUAUAAAGGAGAAAGUUUAAGCAUAACGACAAACGGUUACAGCAACGCAGAGGUGUACGUGCACGAUAGGUUUGUAGUCAUAGCGGCUACUAUAGCACUCUUGGUAUAGCGUUGCAGGUGUGGAGACGCAGUACCACAUCACAAAGCGCCAGGUCUGCCUUUCAGCAGGACGUACAUGCACAGCACCUCUUUUAUAUUUAUGUGUACAUCUAUCCAAGAUGACAGCGUACAUAAUAUAUAGGCUGGGCUAAAGCAUGUCCCUAGAUCAAGUCUGUAUUCGCGCUCGCGCAAACACAAUCACAGCAGCAGGUUUCCCUGUACAUCGUGCAAACAGCAGCGUGCAUGCUCCUUGUGUGGCGUAGGACGAACUGCGAUGUUCAACGUUCCGAUGCUUGUUGAAACGACCAAUCUUUGCGCCCUCUCGUGCAGUUCCCCAGCUCGUGCCUUAUUGAGGGGCCCCAGCAAGGGGUGACGCGUGGCCGUACGUCAGUUAGCUUCGCCGCUGUCUUAUAUCAUGUGCUUCUAUUGUGAGUUGGCCUCUUUUAUACGUGAGCUUAGUCUGCCGUUUAGUGUACGUACAAUGUCGUGGUAGUCUCCGCCGAGAUGCGUUGAAUAUUUAUGAAGAAAGCUAUAUGAAACGCCGGUCUCAUAUUUCGCGACGUAAUCUGUAUGAGUGCACUGUUUUGUGUCCUUUUGUUGUGCUCAGGAAGAUGCGCUGUGCAAUACAACCGUUCAGAGUGCCUUGUUCCCCUUCUUUCUUCCUCACAACAUGUCCUUAUUUACGCGCUCUUCAGAUGUCGUAGCAAAUUCGAGCCUUGACGGCUCGUGAAGUGUUGUUGCUAGCUGUGGCAAAAAGCCUUCCCAGGGAUGGCACGAACAAGCCAGUAGAGAGUUUUAGUGCGGCGUUCGUUGCGCACGCACUGGGGUUGCAUGUAAGCGCAAGCGCCAUGUCUCGCGGAGCGCGCAUGCGCAUAACGCAACAAGACCAAACGUGCGAGCGUACCGUUGGAGGCAUCGCGUCCCGAUGUCGUCGUUCUCGUAAUGUUCGGGACAGCGCGAGACUGCUCGCUUUUGCAGUAUGGCGGCGUCAGAAAGCAACCAGCAACAAGCUGCUUACUUUAAUGUGGCCUUUAAUUUGGUUCACGUAACAGCGUACUCCCGUGUGUACUAAAGGUUGGGUCGCGACAAAUGCCGUGGCGUUCCGCGAAAAGAUUGCGCACAGCAUACGCGGCGUCAUGAACGGAGUACUAAAACUCUCGAAUGGUUUUACUUUUGCAAUUGAGUGCUGCGCGAAGUGCCAGCGGGAAUUUCUAAACCGCUGCAACCGACUUCGAAAAUAAUUUCGCUGGGAUGCACUCUGUCCAUUUUGUUAAAGGAAGAGAGCAAUGGCAGUGGGAAACAAAGUUAUUUUAUUUCAAGGGUGUCAAUAAUUCUACGUGGCGUCUUAUUGGACAGAAGCCAGACCAGCACAGGCCAGUAUGUGCAACUGGUUUGAGGAAGACAGCCAGGUUUGGUAGAUGUGAUAAGAAGCAUACAUUUUUUUAGGUGCGUAAGUACUCUGUAGGAAAACACGCUUGUUGCGUUCGCAUGAACGAGCGUGUGGGUGCCUUCGCGUAGCAUGCUGAAAGAAAUGAAGGUGGCAGAUGCAAACGUCUUUUGAUGAUAGUGAAAACAUUGCCUCCCUCAUCUGGCAUAAGCGAAAUCUCGAACCGAAACACUAUUUGGUGCCGAAUAGGGAUUAUUCCUAAAAAGAUAUGUACUAUGUAUAACUUCGACUUCAGCAAUAAAACAGUGAAGAAGUUUACAGUUUUAGCCUUUUAUACGAUCCUAUCCUCAAAUGCGAUUAUCGAAACAACUAAAAACAUCCGGAUCUCUUUAUUUGGUGGAGCAUGUCAGCUGAUAUAAGCGAGCCUAACUUUAUACUCAGUUUGCUUUAAAAAUUAUCUGGAAGUGUUUACUGCGUUUAACGCUACUGCAGUACUUGACCUGAAUCUCAGGCUAUAGUAAUUUGUUUAAAUUAAUAUCUAUCGCAGUUCUUGACAAUUGUCGGCUAACAACACCUAGAAUGGAUUUGUACACAUCCACGGCGUCUUGGUUACUUUUUCUUCUGUGUGUGUGUUUUUUUUUUACUUCCAGAAGAGUACUCAGAAUGAAGAUAAGGAAACUUGACUUUACGUGACACGAGAAGGGUAAUGUUGUUUUGCUCUAAACGUGGCUGUACAGUAGAGUAUUUCGCGAACAAUGGCGCUGUGUUCUUCGCUUGUUAAUGAACCUAAACAAAAGAUCGGCAUUUAGGUAGUCACGCCUGUGUUUUUGUUCGAAAGCGAGAUAAUUAUUGAUUUUUCACAAGUUUAUAUUUUUGUGACUCAUUGUCAGCACCCUGCGUGGAACGAGAGCUGGCCGAACAUCUUUGAUAGCAAGUUGGCUGAUGUUUUAUUGUUCAUUUUUUUUUUUUUACUGCGAUAGUGAACCUUUGCUUCGAGCCGUGUUCUACGUUUUCGUUGCAUGGGCAGAGAGAAAAUGACCUGUGCCCGUUCCGAGUGCAUAGAGUGUGUUCUAAACGGUGCAAGGUACGAAUUUCUGAAGCUGUUAAUGCUUGAAUGUGCUCGUUUGUUCGUUUCAAGGAUCACUGAUUUCUUUCAGGAAUAAAGUGCCUACAUGAGACUCUU